CGCACGCGCAGUUCCGUAGCAACCCUCCCAGCGGUAGUACUUCCGGGGUCAGAUUGUACUUCCGGGUCGGCCGCUGCGGCGGUGCCUGUUGGGCGCCAUGUCCACCCUGUUCCCUUCGCUGCUGCCUCGCCUGACCGAACCGCUGUGGUUCAACCUGGACCGGCCGUGCGUGGACGAAACCGAACUGCAGCAGCAGGAGCAGCAGCACCAGGCCUGGCUUCAGAGCAUCGCCGAGAAGGACAACAACCUGGUGCCCAUUGGGAAGCCGGCCUCAGAGCACUACGAUGAGGAGGAGGAAGAGGACGAUGAGGACGACGAAGACAGCGAAGAGGAUUCUGAGGAUGAUGAAGACAUGCAGGAUAUGGAUGAGAUGAACGAUUACAACGAGUCUCCUGAUGAUGGGGAGAUCAAUGAGGUGGAUAUGGAAGGGGCAGAGCAGGACCAGGACCAGUGGAUGAUCUGAUCCUGGCAGAACCGGAGCCAGAUUUAGCGUGAGAUGGGGGAUUGAGCCCCCAUCCCUCUGCUUGGGGCUGUCCUGGAGCUGGGGGUUUGCUCUGGUGGCCACCAUACAUCACAGUGGGCACAGCAUGAAGCUGUCCAGCAGGACCAGAAAUGCUGGGCAGUGCCAGUGGGCACACAGCACACCUGGGAGCAGUGCGGGGACACAAGAGGAACGAAGCAUCUUUCCUAAUAAACACCUAUUUUGUAGGAAAUCA